AUGUAUUCCAAAGAAAAUAUGGGUGACAACGGUGACAUAUUACGAAAUCACGAUCAAGUAAAUAUAGCUACGGCAAGCAGUAGCAGUAAUGGUAUAAGUUCGGGUAUAUUAACACCUCGAACUCCUCCAAAUUGUGCCAGAUGCAGGAAUCACGACAUAAAAAUAGCAUUAAAAAAUCACAAAAGAUAUUGUAGAUAUAAACAUUGCAAAUGCACAAAGUGUAUAUUGACUUUACAGAGGCAAACUGUCAUGGCGGCUCAAACAGCACUGAGAAGAGCUCAAGCCCAAGAUGAGGCGAGAGGCAUAAAAGCAAGUUCGAUAGAUCCGAUAUUCGUAUCGAAAUAUGCAAAAGAAUCUCCUCAUAUUUCGGUAGAUGGAAGUAGCGAUUUUUUUUCCACAUCAUUAACUUCUCCUGGACUGGAACCAUCAGGUUUAAAAUUAGAAACAACUUCAGUAACUGCUUUACCGAAUUUUAAUGUGGCAGGUAAAAAUUUAGAAAAUCAUAGAAAUUGUGUCAUGAAAUUGGUUAAAGAUUUUGGACUCGGAAUCGAUGCAUAUCCUUUAGCAUACGUUGUAUUUAAAAUUGCCGGUGGUGAUUACGAAGUUGCGACAAAAAUGAUACUCGAAGUUUUGAAAGUCUAA